CGCGUUUGAUUCAAGUCCACAGAUGCGUCUCUAUCAUCCAUUCCCCUUCCCAUCAUCUAACACCAAUGUCAAUUCAGACCUUCUUCCUCUUCCUCAUCGUUGCCCUUGGGACAGCACGGUGACAUCGCUUGCCGACGCUGCACGCGGCCAGUGGUCAGAACCAUUCCUCAUUAUCCUUCGCUGCGGGCGCUAAAGUGAGCAUUGAACGAACCCCGGUGCGCAACGACUUCGAUAUCCAGCCAUCGACCCGCCACCAUGUUUGGUCGUCUGUUUCAUCUUCUGGUCGACGCCGUACUGGUUAGCGUCGCCCUGAGUGGCGUUAAGCGUGCAGCUGGCCUGACCCCAGUGGUGGGAAGGAUCCCGUCCAAGGAUCUUAGAAAUGUCGUCAAGAUCUAUCUGGAGACUGGCGAAUGGAUCAUGGACUUUUCAAUGGUCUUCAUGAGCCGAUCAAGAUACUUUGAAAGGGUUCAAUAAACGCUCGCUGGCCUGCAUUGUCUGAUUGAUCCCAAAUACGUAUCCGUCACCGCACCUGGUCAAUCAAAGUGGCUCUCGAACUGGACAAUAUUUGGCACGCCAGAGCCCAGUUCAAUUAUUGGAUCGCGAAGCUCCUCUCCCCCCUCCUUGCCUCAAGUCCAGAAUCCAGUCUCAGGCGCACCCUUGUUCGCUCCGGCAACUAAGAUGGCUCGCUUGCUUCGCAAGGACGACCGAAAGAGUAGAGUCAGAGCGUCGGUAAGCACGUCACAGUUCCACAGAGCCAAUAGCGGCCCCCUUCUGUGCAUGGAACAGACAGUUGAAUGCGCAAUAAUACAGAUGCAAUGCUAAUGGAAUCAAUUUCGAAUAGAG